AAGUUAGUCUCACGAUUAAUGUCCACCACCAGUAAGAAGAGGGAGCGAAGAAAUUAACAAUACUUUGUCAUUGGUGCUAACAAUGGAGGCCACCCUAAUGGUUUUACAUUUACUACUGAUUUUGGUGAUGGGUUUUUCUGUAGAGAGCCAAUUGCAAACUGGGUUUUAUUCUUCUUCAUGUCCAAAGGCAGAGGCCAUAAUCAGAGCCACUGUUGAAUCACACUUCAAAAUGGAUCCAACCAUCGCAGCUGGCUUGCUCAGGCUUCACUUCCACGAUUGCUUUGUUCAGGGUUGUGAUGGGUCAGUGUUGAUUAUUGGGCCUUCUGCAGAGAGGAAUGCACCACAAAACCUUGGACUAAGAGGAUUCGAAGUGAUUGAUGAUGCAAAAUCACAAUUGGAGUCCUUGUGCCCUGGUGUUGUCUCUUGUGCUGAUAUUCUAGCCUUGGCUGCCCGAGAUGCCGUAGACCUGAGUGACGGUCCAAGUUGGUCAGUACCAACAGGUAGAAGAGAUGGCAGGAUUUCAUUAUCAUCGCAAGCCACAAGCUUACCUUCCCCUCUGGAGUCAAUUACUGCCCAAAGACAGAAAUUUGCAGCUAAAGGACUUGAUGAUCAUGAUCUCGUCACUCUAGUUGGGGCACACACAAUAGGCCAAACAGAGUGCAGAUUCAUCAAAUACCGUCUAUACAACUUCACAGCAACAGGCAAUUCAGACCCAACAAUAAAGCAGUCAUUCUUGGCACAACUUCAAGCGGUUUGUCCUAAAGACGGGGACGGAUUGAACCGGAUAGCGUUGGACAGAGACAGCCAGAACAAGUUUGAUGUGAGCUAUUUCAAGAAUGUAAGAGAUGGGAAUGGAGUUUUGGAGUCUGAUCAAAGACUGUGGGAUGAUGCAGCAACACGUAAUAUUGUGCAGAAAUAUGGUGGAACAUUCAGAGGGUUGCUUGGGUUUAGGUUCGAUUUCGAGUUUCCAAAAGCUAUGGUUCAGAUGAGUAGCAUUGAAGUUAAGACUGGUACACAAGGAGAGAUUAGAAAAGUAUGUUCAAAGUUCAAUUGAAUAAAGUCAACUUGCCAGAAAAUUAUUUUAUAAAAAAA